ACUGCAUGCCCCCCACACCCUUCGAAAUAUGUGUGAUCUUAAAAGUUUAUAAUGGAGCACCGUACAAGAGCCAUGGAUCUCCCCAACGGGGAAAUUCCACGAGAGGAAAUUAUGUUAAUGUAAGGAGCAGAAAUUGAGAGCUCACAGAACCAGCCAAUGGGAUGGUGCCACGAUGGCAAAAAAAGUGUGACACUGUAACCUUAGACGACCACAUGGGAACUGCUAUAAGUAGCAUAUAUGAAUGAGUGACUGAAUGCCCCUGCACAGAAGAGAUUUGAGGAGAGAAAACUGGAAAGAUUGUCACCGUUCACCAGCUAGCCACAGAUAUUGAGAUCAGGCAGGCGGCAAUAUUAGAUGGAUGAGAUAUGGAAGCUACCAAAGAAGGAAGAUUCAACGUCUUCUUCCAAGUCUCUAUUUGCAAGGAGUUCUUCAAUAAAAAGCUCUUCUUCUAAAUCUGCUUUCUCCCGGAGUUAUUCAACGAGGAGCUCUUCUUCAAAGUCGCCUCUCCUGAGGAGCUUUUCCCAGAAAGCAUCCUCUCCCAAGUGCCCUCUUGAGAAGAGCUCUUCUUCCAUCAGCAGAAAGUGUAGUAGCCUGGCAAAGGAGCAGAAGGCCAGGUUUUACAUCAUGAGGCGCUGCGUCGCCAUGCUUGUCUGUUGGCACAAGCAUGGUGAUUCUUGAUACUUUUUUACCUUCUUUGUGCGGGAUGGGUCAUAAAUUUUCUUGCCAUCCGAUCAAGAAGAGAUUGGUGUCAUAUUUUUCAUUUACUUUAGAUUCAAUCCCUUUGUAAUUACAAUUGAGUUGAUGAACUACAAAGUUUUACACAUUGAAAGGAGAGAGAGAGAGAGAACAUCAAACAGAUUUUCACUUACAAUAUUUCCUCUGAUGUGUUUGUUUUUUGGUAUUUUAAAUCAAAUCUCAACACUAUAUAUUUGUUUCCCCCACUUGGAGUGGUGUUAGGUACUAAA